AUGAAUAAUUCACCAAGAACGCAAAAUAUCAAUCGUUUCGUGGUGCAUUUGGUGAAGAGUUGUAUUCCAUAUUUGUCGGUAAGCGACAGUCAAAUGGAAAAGAAAUGUAAAGACUUGGAUUUGUUGCACACCAUAUGGGACAAAGACACCAGUGAAGGUAAAUUAUUAUUAUUUUUGAUAUUGACGUUUUUCUGAAACAUUAUAACUCAAAAGUGAAUGACUUAAUAUCCUAAAAUUACGUAUACGAAAUAUUAAAAUAUCUAUUUGAAAAUAUUGAACUAAGUCCUCUCGUUAAGUAAAAUAAAUGAAAAUGCUGGACUCGCAGUUUAAAAACAAAUAUGUUGAACAGACUCGUUAAAACUAUGUACCAAGUAAUAACUUCUUUCUGUAUAAAAUUCUUAUAACGUUUGAAUAUUACGUUGAAAUGUUAAAUUUUCAGUCUACAGUAGGUGUAAAUUAGAGCGGAGCGAGAAUAAGUUAAUACUUUUCGAAUAAUGUGCGUGUUCUUUAUUCUCUCGAAUUUUGAGUAGGUUAAAAAGCACAAAAGGUUAUUAUCCAGCGUAUUUUUCAGUAAAGUAAUUGAUUACAGACGCAUUUAAUUCUAUUUGGUUUUUCGAUUUCUCGAUACCUAUUGCGGUGUUUUCUUGAGCGUACACGAAAAAACUACCGGAAGCGUUAAAAAAAAAUAUACAAAUAAUAAACAUAAUAUAAUUCAAUACCAAUUUUAGACCACUCAAAUGACGGUGAUAACGGGGCUUAUAAAUUUCGGAAAAAAUAAAGAGAGUAUAAUCGAAUAUAAUUGAAAAAGUAUAAUUUUAUUUAUUUAUUUUUUUUUUUUUUUAUAAUUAACUCCUUUUAAAAGGAUAAUAUAAAAUUUAAUUUCAAUAAAUAAUUUAAACAAAAAAAAAAAAAAUACUUUCCAAAAUAACACACCUAAGUGGUUCAAUCGGAAAUCUAAAAUGUCCGCGGAAAAGCCAGGUCUUUGUCCGGUUAGAUCUGAAUUAAUCUCGCAUUGUUUUGUAUUUUUCAUUAUUCUCUGUUGAAUAUUGUAUAUGUUGCCACUAGACUAGAACUCUGUCGGAUUUUUUUUUUUUUUUUGAAAACAAUAGGAUUUUUUUCUCCAAUAUUUUAUUAUUUAUUCCCCGGACUUUUUUUCCUACUCCCAGUUAACAACAGUUAUUAUAAGGUAUACCACUGUAAACUCUAAUAAUAUGAUUUUAAUAUUUCGUCGCAGUUUAUACGGCCAAAGUGUACGCAGCCGUUACGAAAAUGUUUGCGUCCAACGUGUUCCGUCCGUUGCCGCCGUCGUCGUACACGCUGGCCGCGGAAAACGAAGCCAUCGUCGCUGUGGCUGCGUCCAUCGGCAUGCCCCCCGUCAUGCCCAAACCCGAUUACGACAUGAUGGCGUCCGCGGCCGAGUUCACGCAGACUGCCAUCACCUAUCAGGCGUUCCAAUCGUUCGUCGACCGGACCGAGUUCGACGCCGAAGUGGCCAGCCAAUUCUUUGACCGGCGUUUCGUCAACGGCCUGGCGCACCGACUCAACUCGGGCGAUUCGUACGAGCGGCAGACCGUUCGCGACACAAUGGCCCGGAUGUGGUAUGCCUGUCCGUUCAUCCACGAACACAUGUUGGACGCCGUUGUCGCCGAAUUGGCCGACUUCGCUUACGGCUACGUGCCUAGACACAACGGCAUCGACGACUUGCUCCAUUUUCUGGCCAACAAUGUCGUCUACGAGGACGUCUGCCAGUUGCCCAUUCUCAAGGUGUCUAUAAUAUAAUACCAACUGGUACAUUGGACACGGUUAAAUAGGUUUGUUCCAACACGGAAUUCGGUACUAGUUGUGGAUCAGUAAUUGAUUUACUGUGCAUGUGCUAACGUGGACUGAUCAUAGAUUCGGAGCUUUGUGGGAAAGCGUUGGAACGCGUUACGGACCAACUCUCGAAUUGUGUCGAUGGUUGUAGAAAAUAGAUAAGGCAGUGAACAUGAUAAGAAUGAAUCUCGUGUCUUUUGUAGCAAAACGUUUGUUAUACUUUAUUUAUUUGUAGCGUUUUGUGUUAAAAAGACAAGAAUGAGUGAUACUGACGAUUUGAAUGACCACCUAGCAUCCAGUUCUUCAACUGACGAUGGAUUAAAGUUAAUCAAUCACUAAAAAAAAAAAAAAAUCAAAAUUUCUUAAGUGAAUAGUAGAUGAGUAUCUUUUUGAGAAUAUUUUUCGAGAGAAAAUUAACUACGCACGAAAGUUGAAACAACAGUAACCGAUAACAGUACAAAACCGUGAAAUGGUUACCUACACAUUCGAACGUAAAUAAUUAAUAGCAUAUAUACAAAAACUCCAAUAAAUAAAUGAUAACAGGAUCUCUGACUGCUAGUCCCCAUCCGAAUCAGUGGAUUAUUUUGACUGUCAGAAACCAAUACCAAAACUGUGUUAGUGCCGUGUUGGAACAACACAAGUUUUAGUUUUAGGAAAAAUCUUUGAUAUCGAAUCAUUCCAUAUUUGUAAAUUACACUGUUUUAUUUUCUUCUUCCAUAGGUCUAUUCUUGUCACUUUCCGUGCUAGUUUGGUGCUGAUUGUUGUAUUCAGAAAGUUUUCCCGAUACCCAAAUCGGCUACCCAUGAGAUUACCUCUUGUCUUGUGUUUAGGGGUACUAACAUGCCCAGUUUUUGUAAAUUCUCGGCUGGGACAGCGGAUGGCGGUUAUAAUUGAAGUUCAAGAGAGAGGGUGAAAUUAGUUAAAAUCUUCUCCUCUUCCCCCCCCCCUAAACAAAAAUAAAUAUAAUAAUAUAAAGUUAUGUUUUUGAUUUUUCGCGUAAUGGUCAUUUUUUGAAAAUGUUUUGGAAAUUCUUAAUAAUUUUUCCGAUUUACUUUUUACUUUUUCACGCAGCACACUUUAUAAAAUUUUGGAAUUUACACCAAUGCGAUAGUACUUUACUUUAAGCAUUUCAUGAAAUUUUUAACAAUACCCUAGAUUCUUUAUUUGGUUUUAUUUUUAAAAAUUAUGUUUUCAAUUAUGUUCUAAAUUGUAUACAAAUUAGUUUAUAGGAAUUAAGGAUUUUCGGCAUUAAUAUGUUAUCCCAUUGAUAAUGCAUUGUUAAAGAUUUAUUUUGAUCGUUACAAUAAAAGCUUUUGGGCGGUUUAAAAAAAAAAAAAUAAUAUGUUAAUCUAUCAUUCAACUAGAUAUGUUAAUUGAAGUAAUUCAUAAGGUGGUUAAUAUUAUGAUGUUAUAUGUAGUCCAUAAUAAUGAUAAAUUAAUUUAUAUUCAGUAGAAAAUUACUUAAAUUUUAAGCAUUAAAGUUCACAAAACAGUGAAAGCCUCUGUAUUUCGCAGGAAUCGUCGAUGGUGUUAAUAUUACCGAUAUGUUUCUUUUUUGGUAAAAACCGUAAUGUUAUGCUCGCACACAACAUGUAUAUGAUUAUUUAUAUUUAUAAAAGUGUGACUAAAAUAUUUAAAUACGGUCGGGUACUUGGUAUUUAGUAAAAAUAAAGUUGUUAAUGUAGUAAAUACAAAUGAUAUUGGUUAUUCGAGAGAGAAACACAAUUUUUCGUAGUCAAAGCAUGACAAUAAACAAUGGUCAGGAAAAUAAAAUUCCCAUAGCGGUCGGCGUUUCUUCGUUAUUAUCGCCGCCGUAGCAUAAACAAAAUUAUUACUAAAAAAAAAAGGCGUUUCAUCUUCUAUUUUAGUUUCAUGAUUAACGGAUCAUCAUUCAUCGUAAGUCUCUUAAAUCAAAAAAUAACGGUUUUUUUCUUGAUGUCUCGAACGUCUUGUCCGCUUGAGAAAUCUUCUGAACGAUCACUCUGUGGAGAACUCCGUACACAACAAGUACGCACUACCAAAUUUUUUUGAAAAUCUCUCUCGAAUAGCUAGCUUCGAUUUUUAACAGCUGAUCACUUGUGUUUGAUUUCUUUAUUAAUUAAUUUUAAUAAUUCUUCAACCUUUUGUCUUUCUAAUUGAUUCAUUUUUUUUUUUUAUAACGGUUUGUUCCUUUUGGUACAGUUGUGCAGGGUGCUCACGCAUUUACUCAAACAUCCGUUUUUGAUUGCGUUUAAGAGCAAUUUAAUCGAAUGCGUGAGGGUGUUGGACAGAACCCAAAAAGAACUGAUUCCGCAUAUGUUGAUAUUUAUCACGAAACUCUGGUCGUUCCAAAACUUGAAAACCAUUGUUUUGUUGCGCGCAAUGAGCGAUUUGUACAAUGUUUGUGACACGGACAAAUGGAUUUCUCUUCAGUUACAGAUCGUAGGUCCUCUGUCCAAAUUAUUCUGCAAUGAUGAUUUUCAGCUGGCUGACGAGUCUAUGAAUUUUUGGAAUCGUAUUCUACACGAAAACAUGAAAUUUUGGCAAAGCAAGCAGGAUGAUGUCAGAAUCGUUGUAAACGCUUUAAAAAAGGUAAUAAAUAAUAAUAAGAGAGUACUAGUAUGUUAUUAUUUACUUAUUAUAAAUCGUUUAACUAACGUUUUUGAAAUCUGACGUAGGUCAUAGUUUCAGGGUAUGGGAACAUUAUAUUAUUUUUCGAUUACUUUUUUUUUGGUUUUUUCUUGAAACCGAAUUUCUUCGAUUUCCUGUUGUGCGUGACAAUUUGGAAAUCGAUAACAAUAAAUUAACACUUUCCUUAUUAAAAGUUUUGUGUAGUACGUCAUUUCAAUAAAAGUAUAUUGGCGUAUAUUGUGUGUAUUAUAGUAAAACGAUUUAAAAUUGAUUUAAAAUUGGUAAAUAGGUGAAACGUAUUCACUGGAACUUAGAUUGCGUGAACAUAGCCAGCAGUCUAUUGGAUUUCAUGGUAGCCAAACAUGUAAUAAAAGACAAUUACAUGGAAGACUCCGAAGAGAUGUUCCAGGAAGGAAUACGCAGUGGGGUAAACUACGAUUACACGUACAAGAGCAUUCAGAAACUGGUAUCACCUAAAAUAUCUUCGACGUUGCCGUCGUCAACGGAUAUGCCAACUACCGAAUUAUGA